AUGGGGGAAUGCGUAUAUUUAAAACCAAUAUUUAUUAUUCUAUUAAUCUCUACAGGUAUGAUAUAUACGAGAAAUGCCUGGUCAUAUGCACAUAAAACUGAUUCAGAAACAACUCCUUUUUUACUUGGCAAUAAUUUAAGUCUAAAUGCAAACUCAAAAAAUCUUCAAACAAAUGAAACCAAUUUAAACGAUCCAUCGAUUUUAUAUGAAAAUUUUCAUGAUACCGAAAGUAAAAAUAUAAAUCAAAAUGAUAUUAGUAAUACAAAUAAUUCAUCAUAUAAUAAUCCCGUAUCAGAAACUGUUCCAUAUUAUGCAAACGAUUUAAAUAAUGGCAAAAAUAAAGAUAACCAGUUAAUUAAUACUACGAUUUCUUUUAUUGAUCGUCCGAAUGCAUUUAUAUUAGAUGAUAAGACACUAAAUAACAUAGAUAUCAUAUAUAAUGGAGAAAAAAAAAUGGUGUUAUAUUAUUAUUAUAAAUUAAUACAUUAUUCCAUUUUUUUGAAUAAUUUUCUAUAUCAAUUUGAAUAUUUUCCUACUCAUAUAAAAAAUAUGUGGGAUUUAUAUAAUCAAGUUAACAAAAAAAUCCUAAAUAUAGAAAGAACGUGUGAAAAUAAGAGGAAAAGAUUAGCACAGAAAAUAAACCAUUUACAAGACGUCACUUAUAAUUAUGAAAAUAAAUUAUAUGAAGAAUAUUAUAAUGAAUUAAAACCAAUAACAACCGAUUUUAUUCAUUGUGUAAAUGAAAAUUUCAAAACUGUUUCUCCAGAUAUCACACAAAUGAGUAAAUACAUUGAUGACGUAUAUAAGCAUGAAAAAUUGGGAACUCCUGAUUACAUGCACGAAAAAUAUGUAGCUCAUUAUGAAAUAGUUACAAAACAAAUUGAAAAUAAACUAAAUCGAAUUAAAAAGUCGCCAAUUCUGAAACAUAAUUAUUAUCUGAAUUCCAUUAAUAAAGUAAUAGAGAUUGCAAAAAAACACGAUGAAUUAAAAAAUGUUAUAGAUACACUUAAUUUCAUUAAAAGUUACAUUGAACACAUAUAUAUGAAAUAUAAAUAUUACUUAAUCAUGUCCAAUGGGGCACAAAUUCAUUUAAUUAGAAUAGAAAUGCAAUAUAAAAAAUAUGAUAUCUAUAAAACAGAUAAUUCUUCGAAAAAUAUCAUCAUAACUAAAAUACAAGAGUUAGCAAAUGCAUAUGCCGAUUUUAAUGUAAGUUAUGAAAGCAUAAUUGAUCUGGAAAAUGUGUACAAUAAUACAACUCAAGCUUUUAACAAUAUUAUUAAUUUUAUGCCACACAUUUUAAUUGGAAAAGUAGAUGCAUGUACAAACCAUGUAGUUCCAAAUGAUGAAUAUGAUUUCAAAAUCACAAAGCCUAUAUCUAUAUUAAAUAAAUUAGAAGAUAUAUUUUUUCAAGCAUUUGGUUUUAAUUUCAGUGCAAAAUAUAAUAAUAAAACUUUAGAAAUAUCUAAUACUGAAAUUAACGUUAUAAUAUCAGAUACAAUAAAACAUAUGAAAGAGUUAAAGAAUUUAAUUAAAGAAAUGGAGGAGAUACAUAAAAAAGACAAUACAAGGCAGCAUAUUGAAAAUACAAUUAAACAACUAGUUAUUCGUGUGAAUUUAUAUCAAAUACAAAAUCAACUUACAAAAGCAAUAAACGAGGCUGAAAAAUGGAAAUCAUCAAAAAUCGCUACUAAAGCAAUAUUAGAUGAUAAAUAUAAUACUGUUCUUAGUUUAGAAACGAAAAUUAAAGAUUUAUGCAAAAAAUUUACAGAUAAACUUAAUAACUCACAAUAUAUGAAAGAAUAUAAAGAUAUUCUAAUAAAAAAUCAUAUUAUAUUGGAAACUUCCAUAACCAUUUAA